AUGGGACAGUUCCCUCUCGAACAGUGGUUCUUCGAAAUGCCCAUCUGCACCCGCCUGUGGACCACCGCGACCAUCGUCACCGGCGUCCUGGUUCAAUGUCAGAUCCUCACGCCUUUUCAACUGUUCUACAGUUGGCGCGCGGUAUGGCAUAAACAACAGUUCUGGCGCCUCCUAACCACCUUCAUCUACUUCGGCCCUCUCUCCCUAAACCUCCUCUUCCACAUCUUCUUCAUCCAGCGCUACGCGCGCAUGCUCGAGGAAUCCGCCGCUUCCGUCGCACAUUUCACCUGGCUCCUCGCCUAUACCGCGUUAUCACUCCUCUUCAUCGCACCGAUAUUCAGCCAGGCGUUUCUGGGAACUACGCUGAGCAGUACAUUGGUGUAUAUCUGGAGUCGUAGAAAUCCAGAUACACGCCUGAGUUUCUUGGGGGUCAUGACGUUCAAAGCCCCCUGGUUGCCGUGGGUCUUGGUGGCGUUUAAUGUGGUAAUUCAUGGACAUUGGCCGAAGGAUGAGCUUUGUGGGAUUGCGGUCGGACAUGUUUGGUAUUUCUUCAACGACAUCUACCCCUCCACCCACAAUGGCCACCGACCAAUGGACCCUCCCAACUUCUGGAUUCGACUCUUCGAGCGCGGCGCAGCAGCUGUGAACUCGGAAAAUGACUCUCCCGAGACGGAGGUCCACGCGGCGGAAUUAAACCGUGAACAUCUCGCCGGUGCGAUACCGGACGUGAGACCUUUAUGA